AGAUUUAAAUAUCCUUUCUGUCAACAAAAAUAAUAAACAACAGCCAGACGAUAAAAGUGGGUGGUCCGGUCGUGUCGACAAUUUCGACAUGUUCAACGCAUUUAAAAAGUUGACCGGGCGCAGUGGCGAUGCGGGCGUGGUUAUCAACAACCAACAACCCCCCGCCGCAAUGGCGCACUCGUUGCAGAGAAAGUUCGCAAAAGGGGUUCACUAUAACAUGAAAAUGGUCAUCAAAGGUGACCGAAAUGUCGGGAAGUCAGCCCUCUUCCGUCGCCUUCAAGGUCUUCAGUUCACGGAGGAGUACACCGCCACUGAGGAAAUUCAAGUCGCCACGAUCGCCUGGAGUUACAAGAACAGCGAGGAUAUCGUCAAAGUCGAAGUGUGGGAUGUCGUUGACGUUGCACAGAAGAAAAAACGCCUCCCCACCGACAAGCUAAAACUGGAUAAUAGUGCGGGUGGCGAAAAUGGCGCCGAAGUGGCUCUGGACGCGAAUACGAUUGACGUGUAUAAAAACACACACGGCGCUAUUUUGGUCUUCGAUAUAACAAAGACAUGGACGUGGGAUUACGUAAAGCGAGAACUCAACUCCAUUCCGCCCCACAUUCCCAUUCUGGUUCUUGGAAAUCGCCGCGACAUGGGUCAUCACCGCGCCGUGGCGUUUGACACGGUCAUCUAUGCCAUUGAAGCCUUGGACGAGGGACGCGAAGUGCGCUACGCCGAGAGCAGCAUGCGAUACGGGUUUGGAUUAAAAUUUGUCCACAAGUUUUUCAACCUUCCAUAUCUCGCCCUGCAGAGAGAAGCCUUGCUGAAACAGGUCGAGGUCAACGAGCAAGAGCAGGUGGUCACGGGUCAUGAGUUGGACUAUUACGGAGAAAGUGAUGAUGCGAACUAUGACUUAUUUAUCGACGGACUUAGUCAAAAAAGGAGACAAGUCGCGGAUGCGCUCAGCCCGCCGAAAAUGUCACUCGCGGAGGCCCAAGCUGUCGCGUCGCAGAAGGCUAUGAAGGACGCAAAAGAUGAGAAGGACGCGGCCGCCGUUGUUGCGCGACUCUCGGUUAAGUCAGACCCUUCCAGACCCUCGCCUUCGAGUCAGAUCAAAGCAAGUGGAAAGUCUGGGCAGCAACAAAAUAGUGGUGGUGUUGGCGGUGCUACAAAUCCGAUAACGACAUCGAAGAAGAAUGAGCUUAACAACAACCCUGUCACGGUGGGAGGAGGAGGAUUUAAUGGUGGAAAGGGGGUGGAUGAUUUCGUACCUGACGAGGACAUCGGUGGCUUCCUUGAGGAUGGCGGUGUCGAGAACGGGAGGAACAAUGACCUCGCCCUGGAGGAGGAAUCCAGCGAUGACGACGCAGAAGGGAAUAAUCCCAUGGUCGCAGGCUUCGUAGAAGAUGUGGAUGAUCGCGAGCUCAAGAUUCGCUCCAUCGCAGCUACCACUUUUCAUCAGGGCAUUGAAGAACCACAAUCUGAGGAAGAAACCGAGGAUCCAUUUCCAUCCACGAACGGGGCGACGACAUCUUCCUCCGCCAUGAAGCCAGGCUUCCAAAUGUUUUCAGACCCCGGGAGUGCGGGCGACCAUCUCGUCGCCGAGGAGUCAAAACGGACCCGAAAGUCGAAAAAGGGCGGGAAGCAUCAUCACCACAAGUCCAAACAUAAGGCGACCGAGUUGGAAGACUUUCUUGGCGGUGGGUCCGGCGACGCGACCGCAGUUUCGGUCGAUUCCAGUGCUUAUGAAGCUAUUUAAUUACUUAAUUAUGGCGAAUUAUGGCGUCCAGUCGGAAUCCGUGAUGGGAAAUUUCAUCGUCUUCUAAUCAACAAAGUGCUAAUCUCAUUGAUCAAUCAUCGUAUGUAACUUAAUUGUUGAAAUUAUGCUAAUUAUGUAUACGGGACCAGGAGGAGAAUUAAUUUCAUUGCAAUUAAUUUAAUUUGUGUCCCGACUGCUGCAAAGGUGCGUACAAAAUAUUUGAGUUAGGAAUGUUUUCCAUUAAGUGCUGUGCUAUUAAAAUAUACGUGAGGCUGUGCAAUUUAUAAAUGCAAAUUUUCCCAAGUUUUGCACAUUUUGAAAUACUCGAACUAAAGUGUUACAGUUAAUUUAUGUAAAUUAAAUUAUAUUUAUCUCGCUAAGGAGCGGAAAUGUUGACUCGUUUUUAAUUGAUUCGUUCUUAAGAUUAAAUAAAAAUUGUUGAACAAAAUCACA